GCCAUGGAGCCGGAGGCGCUGCGGGACCUGCGGGCGCUGCUGGAGCGGGCGGGCGGGCGGGAGCCGCUGCGGCUGGCGGGCGAGGUGCGCCCGGCCGAGCUGCAGACCUUCGCCCGCGAUCUCUUCGCCGAGCCGCCGCCGCCGGAGGAGGAGGAGGAGGAAGGGGAGACCGAGGCCGUUGCAGCGGGGAGGCGGCGGCGGCGGCUGCGGCGGGCUCGGGUGCGCAGCGGCUGCGGGCGGCAUCCGUUGCGGGGCUGCGCGCUGCUCUUCGCGCUCUUCCUGCCCGCCUCGCUGGAGCAGCCGCGGGAGAUGCGCCGCCUGCGCGAGAUCCUCCGCGACCUGCGCGCCCAGCUCCCCGCCGCCGCCCCGCCGCCCGCCGUGGUCGGCGUGGUGCUCUUGCUGCAGCCGCCGAAGAACCCCGAGGCCCCGGAGGCGGCGCGGCUGCAGCUGGAAGGGCUGCUCCGGAGGGUCUUCUCCUCCCGCCGCCGCCGCCGCAGCCGCGAUCCCGGGCUGCCGGAUACGUUGCAAGCGGUGGCUUACCGGCCGGGGGACGGCCGGGAAGCCCGGGAAGCCGCUUGCCGAGCGCUGCGAGCCGCCUUGAAGCUGCGAGCAGAUGGGGCAGAACUCCCAAAGCCAAAACUGCCUGCCUUAUUGUCGUGUAUUCCGUGGGGCAGAAGGAGCGAGGAUUUUCAGACGGAUGCAAAAUUAAAUGAAGAUGCCAUACAAGACUUAGAAGGCGCCAUGGCGUUGACCAACAUUGCACCCAAUGGGAAGUGUGAAGAGGCCUCAGAGAUGUUGGACACUUAACAGGCCGUGGUUUGUUGUCUGAUGGAUUCCACGUUCUUUCUAUCCUAUCUUUUGAGGAGUAAAAAAAGAGUUCCAAAUCUGGGAUAGCCUUACAAGCUCCGUGAAGGAAGCAGCUAGAAGCUGGCCUGGUUUUGUUUUGUUUUAAUGAUAGUUUGUUCCAGAAGCAGUGGUGCAGAAAAGAUGCUGGUUUGUUUCAGCAUCCUUGUUUCAUGGCGAACCAAAGAAGCAUUUGUUUCUACUCUUAAGCACAUUAAGGUGCAUAUUCUCUUCAUAAAAUCCAUUGGACCUCUUGAGGCUCACAAUUUAGAGAACCAUCAUUGUUUCCCAAAAGUUGUGAUGGAGACUGUACAACAGAAAUGGCAACGCAAUCAUCAUUCUUGCCAGAUCCAACCGUCUCUUUCUUAUUUAGCUUGUAUCCUUCAUUCUGACAUCCCUGUCCGCAGCGUUGGAAAUCUUGAUGCUCGGAAGGAAAAGAGAAACAAAUGCUCAUGUUUUGAGGGGAAAAAAAUCCACUUUAUUCUGUUCCUGAAUAUGGUUUCAGGUGGCAAAGAAAUUCUACUACGUUGUUAAUGGAGAUACACAUGUGUAGUUACUCGGUCUUGUGGCUAUGCUGUCCCUUGCUAUGUUUUGGAAAUUUACUAUAUCAGUGUUUCUCAACCCUCCCAGGAUUCCCUAGCCUGGCCUUGCUGGCUAGGGAAUUCUGGGAAUUGAAGUCCACACCUUUGACAGUAGCCAGGGCUAGGGUUAGGUUGAGCAACACUGUAUGAUAGGCAUAGUUAAAACUUGCAAUAUAUUUUUUUCCAUCAAAAUAAAAGAGUUACGCAUUUCACGAAUGAAGACAAAUGUUAUGGUUAUGCAUUUUUACAAACAUUUUUUUCAAUAAAAUGAACGUUUAUU